AUGAAUACCUCACCAAAUGGCUCCCUGCACACCCUCCUGCUCCUCUCAGACUCCGCACUCCCCCUCGGCUCUUUCGCCUUCAGCAGCGGCCUAGAAUCCUUCCUUGGCCACCACAAAUACUCUAACUCCACUUUCAAAUCGCAAGCCUUUGAUGGAUUCCUGGAAGACUCCAUCGCCAACGUGGCCAGUACGGCCCUUCCGUACGUACUGACUGGCUACGCGGAGCCAGAGAGACUUGAGGACCUCGACAACGACUUCGAUGCCAGUACGCCUUGCACCGUGGCGAGGAGAGCAAGUGUAGGGCAGGGGAGAGCGCUGCUUGCGGUGUGGGAGAAGGCGCUGUCUUGGUCUUCUGUAUCGACUGGACAAGCGCGAGACGCGGCCGCUUUGGUGUCGGGUUUUGCUACGAAGGUGAAGACGUCCAAGCCAGAUGCCUUUGGACUGAGUUUGAACGCGCACUUCGCUCCGCUGUUUGGAGCUGUGUGUACUGCUCUGGGGCUAUCUGCACACGAUGCCGCUUACCUUUUCUUGCUGAACCACGCAAAAGCAGUGCUUUCGGCUGCUGUGCGUGCCAGUGUCUUCGGACCCUACCAGUCUCAGGCCACGCUUGCGAGCGCAAGACUACAGGGUUGGGUCAACGAUGCGGUAGAGCGAGAGAGUGAUCGAAAGGCUCAUGAGGCCGCGGUAACAACACCGGUAAUGGACCUGUGGAUGGGUAGGCAUGAAUUGCUGUACUCGAGGAUCUUCAAUUCAUAA